GUUUUGCAGGAAAUGCUUCUUGACAGCUAUCAGAGAAAGUGGAACACAUUGUCCUCUCUGCCGGGGAAGCGUGACUAAAAAAGAAAGAACAUAUCCCAAAAGGGCUCUAGAUGUUGAAAACAGUAUGAAGAAAGCUUCUGGGGGCUGUAGAUGCUGUGAGAAGCAGGUUAGAUUUUCAUGGAUGAGACAGCAUUAUAAAACGUGUAAGAAGUAUCAGGAUGAAUAUGGUGUUUCUGCUAUUAUUCCAAACUUACAGAUUUCCCAAGAUUCAACAGGGAACAGCAGGAGUGAUGCAAUAUCUGAUAAUGGUGAGAUGGCUAAUAAUCAGAUACUUCAAGGAGAAACAAGUGGACAUCCAACCUUCAAAUGCCCCCUGUGUCAGGAAGCCAAUUUUACCAGACAACGCCUGCUGGAUCACUGUAAUAAUAGACAUCUUUAUCAGAUAGUUCCUGUAAUCUGUCCUAUUUGUGUAUCUCUUCCUUGGGCAGAUACUAACCCGGUUACUAGAAAUCUUGUUAGCCAUCUAAAUCUAAGACACCGGUUUGACUACGGAGAAUUUGUGAAUCUUCAGCUUGAUGAAGAAGCCCAAUACCAAAAUGCAGUUCAAGAAUCCUGUCAUGUGAACUUUUAAAGGAUAGCCCCCCCUUCAUCUUACUGAUUAUCUGAGAGGAAAAUUACCUUCUGCUGGUGAUCUGAAGUGUAUAUUAAUAAAGAUGGUAUUCAGUAACCACUUUUCAGGUGUAACUUUUUUCCAUGUUCAUAAGGGCAUUUCAUAAAUGAUUUUGCUGAAACUAAAACUUGACAUCUAUACCGAGAUCUGUCCUUAUGGAAUUAAGGACCUUUUUCUCACUGUUGUCUUGAUUUUCUCUAACUUUUAUAACUUUUAUUGCUCUGUUAAUUACAGGGAUUAUUUUAUUAAUGUCAGCUAUUUUAAUUCACCAAAACCAGCUUUGAAAGUAUCUUUAGAAAGUGCUCUGUUGCACUGUUGAGUUUCUUCAAGUCCAGCUGUCAUUUGCUAAGAUAUCUUGUAAGGUGAUGAUUUUUGUUUUUUUCUCCUGCCCAAGGACAAAGUUUUAUUUGAUGUUGUGACCUGUUUUUAACCAUUACUAUGUGAAUGCAAAUUACAACAACUUAAGAAAUAAAAAUACUUCAAUGCAGAGCACCUUUCAUUGAGAAAGAAUGAUGCCAUUACCUAGGAAUAAUUAAAUCUAUUUUUUCCCCUUUUGGAGCAUAACUGAAAUAGGAUGUUUGUUUACUUUCCCUGUACUCCCAACUACUAAGGAAGAUGACAUACUUUCUGACCAAUCCAGUGAUGACAUGCAAAAGGUACACUGUUUCGGUAUAUGACUGUGACCCAGCUAGCUUUUAAUUUUGUUGGAGCUUUUUAAGAACAUCUGUUGUUGCAUUUGGACUUCAAGUUUUGGUCUGUCCUGUCGUUCAUAGAAGGCUCUGUAACUAGAGAACUAAUUGGCUUCAGACCUACUAAUACUCAGAAAUGAACUUGUUUAUUUUGGUAGGACUGUUUAAAACUUGGACAUCUCCUGCAUCCAAAGACUUGAGAAAACACUUGAGAAGAAAAACUUGCUCUAAAAUAGUUGCCAACAUAUUUUAAGAGUUUCUAUUCUAGAUUUCCACAUUCCCAGCAAGACUCUCGUAAAAUCAGAGAAAACAGAGCUAUAAUGUAAUUUUGAAUUUAAAUGGAAAAUCCAUUUGUAAAGGAACUUUAAGAUCUUUUGUUUAAUACUAAUGGGGAGAAGGGGGAAAGAAAGCUGCACAGCUUAUAUUUUGGAAGUUUAAACAGACACUGUUCUGAAUGUUUAUGUUUUAUGACUGACUCUUCAUCCUGUGUCACCAUUGCCUGUUGUCAAACUAUUGCUCUCAGUGGGUAUUGUAUACAUGGUGGAAAACAUCCCCAAUAAUUUUUCUAGUGUAGUUGGGGAUUUAUGCGUAAUAAUAUCAGUUGUGCAGCCAAAGUACAAUCUGCUUCUUGUGCCCUGGCUCCCAUUUGCUCUCCAAAUAGAGGUUUUAAUUAUUUCUUUAAAUACUGGGUAGUUCAUAUUCCUAAACUGGUAAGGUUGAAGUGCCUCAUUCUGCAAUGUAACGGGAGUCAAUUCUGAAUCUUAGUUCUAAUAUGCUGAGUGUUGGUACUAAAACACUAUACACUGUAACUUGACAUUUCUAUCUUCUGUUUUUCAAGUGUGAAACAUUACUGAAGGCAUAGCUGGCUAAAAUACAAAGUUGACUAUUUCAGAAAUGUCUAAAGGUUAUAUCCUUUUUAUAAGGUCUGGCAUUUUGUUACUGGCUUAAUACAGUAUUUUGACAGCAGGACAUUCUUUGAUCUUGUCCUCCAGCUUUCCUGUUUGCUCCCAUACUCUUGCAUAUUCUCACUCACCUGUCAGCUCUAGUGCUUGUGUGACCAUAUAAUGAUUUGCAGUGGUUCACUGAUGCAACUGAAAAGGUUGGUUGGAUUUUUUACUCUCCCUUUUGCACUAUAAAAGCCAACUAUGAAAUAGUGCCCUUAGACAGAAAGGAAUUUCAAAGUAGCCUGAUGCUAAAGUUUUAGCUUUUUAAAAUAAAAACGCAUACCAUGGUGAUUUUAUUACUGCAUACAUUUCCUAAGGAAUUUAAUAGCUACAUGUAAGUUUAGUUAACUUUUUUAGAUUCAAUAAAAUAUUUAUAUGAUCUGGCAAUAAAUGCCUGCAGCCAAUACAGGUUCAGAAUGCCUCAUGGACACUGGAACUAGUUAUUUCUAUUACUUGAACAUAUCUUGAGAAUUGCAAAUGAAAUUAUAUCUCUUAAAACUCUGGGGAACAAAUUUUUCUAUAGCAAUAAUUAGUUGUCACUUGAUGCAUAGUUGCUGAGCGUUUUAGUUGUGUUUAAAUGUUGAGUGACUUGAAUACACAUUUUAAAGCAACAAAUGUGUAUAAAUGCAAUAUAAAAAAACCCCUUGCAAAAUGUUUAUCCUCUUUAUUUGCAUAUGUUAAAAUCUGUAUUGGCAGGUGCUGCCUUGCUUAAUAUUUUCUACUUUUAAUAUGAAGAGAUUGCAUCCAAUACAUUCACUAGGUAAGCGUUUAAUAAAAAUGAAAUAAUCUAUUUAAAUAUGCUGGUCAUGAUCUUUCUCACUGAAACUCAGACAUGCACAAAAAGCUGUGUAUUUAUGAUGGGUGAUGCUUGUACUCAAAACAUGCAAUCUUUACUAGAAGAUUGCUGUUUAACAAUGUUUUCAUGUUCAUGUUGCAUUGUAUAUGGUUUCAGUAUGGUAUAUUAUGUUUGAAUUGUACCUUCUAUUUUUUCUCCUAUUAAAGUAUUUUAUUUUUUGUUUGUCUUUUUGUGGCAUAAUAAAGGUGAUCAGUUCC